AUGGCGUCGAAUAGCCAAACCACUGGCGAGAAUGACACUUCCGACCAGAUCCCGCUUCAGGAUCUGUCCAGAUCCGACAUCAAUGUCCCCGCAGAUGGUCAUGGCAGAGGCCGCACUAACAGUGUGGGGGGCGGAGUCUUUUCACGACGAUCUUUAAUGAGUAGAGGGUCGCGCAAACAAUACCAGAGCGUUGCAGAGGAGUCGCCGGUCGACUUGGGAAAUACAAACAGGAAUCCGUUCCAACAACCGAAUGAAGACGAAGAGAAUGAUCUAGGCGCUCUCGCGCAGGCCAUGUCGUUCGGCAUUACUUUUGACGCGCCGCGUUUAUCAUUAUCAGGCCCCUCAGCCAGACACGAUUUCAACGAUGGAGCCUCUGAUCUCGAUAAUAUACCCUUGGACAACUACAACUCUCAUGAACCCGACUAUUACGCGCCGCCCCGAGUCGACGAAGACGACACUGCACGCCUGACCGAUCCUAGAUACCUCCAACCGAUCAGCGGUGCCCCUGUCUCAGAAGGUCGACCAAGCAGUGAUAUUGCUGGCCAAUCCAUCCGCUCCGGUGAUGGAUCGCGUUUGGGUGAUGAUCUCCCUCAUUUGGAGGAGGGUUUGCGCCCACGUCGUGGCAGUAGCGCCCGGUCCCGUUCUCUAUCCCCAUCGAGCCCCGGCGGGGCGCUGCAGCGUGCCAGUUCGAUGGUGAAAUCCAUGUCACAGCGAGUGGUCAACUUGAGUAAUGAACCGGAAGUUGUGCAACAAUCAAUUGAACGAGAGGAGUCUCAUAAAAAUUCACGCCUGGAGGGACCCCCAGUUCUACCUGCAAUGACCGAUUUCGCCCAUGAUACCGACCCCGGACUGCCGCCGAGAGACAACCGGACGUCAAGUACUAUGUGGAAGUACCGAAAUAAUCCUUUCCGAGGCAGAUCGCUGAACAUUUUUGGACCCAAUAACCCUUUGCGACUUUGGCUUUGCGAUAUCCUCGUUCAUUCAUACAUGGAGCCUUUCAUUUUGGUAGUAAUUGUGAUUCAAACUAUCUUGCUGAUCGUGGAAUCUUCACAAUCGGUGUUCAACCGACCUUGGGCAGUACGAUGGGGCCACUCCCCAUUAGAUUAUGUGUUUUUUGUUAUUUUCAUUAUCUACACCCUCGAAAUUGCCGCCAAGAUCUUGGUCUCUGGUUUCUUAUUCAACCCGAGGGAGUAUAGCACGCUCGACCGGAACAUUGGAAUUAGGAAAGCCAUGGCAGAGAAGGCCAAGAACCUCAUUACUCCUCAUCGGCAGACGACCAAGAAAAAAGUCUCAUUCCUGCAACCCGAGCCCCAAGCCUCUAUUUUGCGGACGUUCACUGGAAUGAAUGCAUUGGAUGAGCAAACCUUCGACGAUCCUCUCCACAAACGCCGUUCUCGACUCGCCCACCGUGCGUUCCUUCGACACUCGUUCAACAGACUAGAUUUCGUGGCAGUCAUCGCCUAUUGGGUCUCCUUUGUCCUUUCGCUACAUGGCCUUGAGGCCGCCCAUCAGCUUUACAUCUUUCGAAUGCUGAGUUGUCUUCGAAUUUUGCGACUUCUUUCUCUUACAAACGGAACCUCUGUAAUUCUUCGAAGUCUGAAAAGAGCUGCUCCUCUUCUUGUGCAUGUCGCAUUUCUCAUUGGAUUCUUUUGGCUUCUAUUUGCGAUUGUUGGUAUACAGAGUUUUAAAUCCAGUUUGCGGAGAACCUGUGUCUGGAUCGACCCUGAGGGAAUUUCCAAUUUCACCUCGAACGAUGCAUACGGUACUCUUCAAUUUUGUGGCGGGUAUCUUAAUAGCACCACGGGUGAGAACAUGCCUUGGCUUGAUGCCUCCGGUACUGUUCUGGGUAGUUCUUCCGCCAAAGGCUAUAUAUGCCCUGCAGGUUCCCUGUGUGUUGAAGGCACGAAUCCCUAUAAUGGAACAGUGAGUUUUGACAACAUCCUUCAAUCAUUGGAGGCGGUCUUUGUCAUCAUGAGUUCCAACACAUUCACCGAUUUGCUUUACUACACCACCGACAGCGAUUAUCUCGCAGCGGCGCUGUUUUUUGCCUUUGGCCUUGUCAUUCUCAGCCUGUGGUUGGUGAACUUGCUCGUUGCGGUCAUUACUCAUUCUUUUCAAGUCAUUCGAGAGGAAAGUAAACGCAGUGCUUUUGCUGUCCAACAAAUCGACAAUAUCGAAGAAGAUAACACCACCACUCGAAAAGUAAGCACGCUGAAAAGAUUUUACGACAAGACUGAAUACCUUUGGAUUCUCAUCAUUGUCUACGACCUAAUCAUUCAAGCAUUGACGAGUUCAACCAUGGGAGAAGACCGAGCCAGCUUUAUCUCAAACACCGAGCUGGUGAUCACGCUCGUUUUCCUGCUUGAAAUUGUCUUGCGAUUUGCAUCCGAUUGGCGUGCAUUCCAUGUGAAACGCCGAAAUUGGUUUGACCUGCUUCUUGUUAUUGUCACUUGCAUCAUUCAAAUACCCCCCAUCAAAAACUCGGGGCGUGCUUAUACCGUCCUGACUCUCUUUCAAAUUCUUCGGGUCUACCGAGUUGUACUGGCAAUCCCCGUGACCAAGAAACUUAUUUUGGUUGUCUUCCGAAACACCGUUGGUUUACUCAACCUGAUAUUUUUCCUUUUUUUGAUGACUUUUCUCGCUGCCAUCUUUGCAACGCAACUCUUUCGCAGCCAGAUCCCUUCCGAGGAUCCAUCGGGAAACUCCAUCAUGAUCACAUUUGCCGAUAUCUACAACUCGUUCCUGGGUAUGUAUCAGAUAUUGUCGAGUGAAAAUUGGACAACUAUUUUGUAUAAUGUUACCGCAUAUACCACCCACUUCAAUACUGCGUGGAUUUCCGCCUCAUUCAUCAUCAUGUGGUUCAUCGUGGCCAAUUUCAUCAUACUGAACAUGUUCAUUGCGGUCAUUCAAGAGAGUUUUGAUGUGUCAGAGGAUGAGAAGCGUCUUCAGCAGGUUCGGGCAUUUUUAGAACAGAAGCAUAUCGGGCAAGCUACUCAAGGAAACCUUGCGCUUUCGAAGAUCCUUCGCUUGGGUCGUGAUUCGGAUCGCUUCAAGGACCCGCUUGAUCAUGGACCCGCUGCCUUGGAAAUGUUGCUGAAGGAUGCCGUUGUCCGUGAAUUCCUUGAUGAAGAAGAGGAAAUUCUAGAAGAGGGGUCAGAAAACCAGAGCAGAGAGAAUGCAAUUCCUGAUGGUGCGAUAGCGGAGACUACCGACCCAGGUUUCAUCUCGCAAGCCAUGGCCAAAGCGAAUGCACUCAUUAUGGGUCGGGAGCCUAACCCAUUCUACUCGAAGCUCAAAUUCUCCCGGGCCUAUGAAGACCUAGACCCAAGAACCAUGGCCAGAGAAGUUGUCUCAGCGGCCGAGGCGAGAAAGCGUGCACAGCGAGAGUAUCUUAUAAAACAUCCUAAAUACAACAAGUCGCUUUACAUGUUUGGGCCACACCACCCAGUCAGAAAGUUGUGCCAGCGAAUCGUUGGGCCUGGACGCGGCAACCAACGAGUUGAAGGUGUGGAUCCAUAUAAACCAGUGUGGUAUACAUUCUCAGCUAUCAUUUACACGGCAAUUGUGGCCAUGGUGCUUCUUGCAUGCAUCACGACUCCAUUGUAUCAAAGACAAUAUUUCCGUACUAACCGCAACUGGUUCGUCUACACCGACAUGGGCUUUGCAGUCGUCUUCACCGUCGAGGCAACUAUCAAGGUGAUUGCGGAUGGUUUCUUCUGGACACCCAAUGCAUUCUUUCGCAGCUCUUGGGGUUUCAUUGACGGAAUUGUAUUGGUCACUCUCUGGGUUAACGUCGGAAGUUCUCUAUACAAGGACUUCAGUAUCUCCAGACCCAUCGGUGCUUUUAAAGCGCUGAGAGCUCUGCGUUUGCUGAAUGUCAGCGAUAGUGCCAAAGACACUUUCCACUCUGUUAUCAUCCUAGGGGGAAUGAAGGUCGUUGCUGCAGCUGCGGUAUCCUUGAGUUUCCUGAUUCCCUUCGCCAUCUACGCCCUCAAUCUAUUCAAUGGACAACUCUUAACCUGCAACGACGGUGACUUUUCGGGCAAUUUGACGUUUUGUGUCAAUGAAUACUAUAGCUCGCCCUACAACUGGGAUGUCAUUGGCCCCCGAACUGUGACCAACACUUACUAUGACUUUGACAAUUUCGGCGACUCCCUCUUCAUUCUUUUCCAGAUUGUCUCUCAGGAAGGUUGGAUCGAUGUCCAAGAAAGCGUGAUGAGUAUUGUCGGCCAUGGUUUGCAACCACAAGACAACUACGCCCCCGCCAACGGCUUCUUCUUUGUUGUCUUCAACCUUCUUGGAGCCGUGUUUGUUCUGACGCUGUUUGUGUCUGUUUUCAUGCGCAACUACACAGAACAGACUGGCGUUGCCUUCUUGACUGCCGAACAGCGAUCUUGGCUCGAGUUGCGGAAACUCCUUCGACAAAUUUCGCCCUCAAAAAGGUCCCUCAAUGACAAGAGUGCCCAGUGGCAGCAAUGGUGCUAUCGAAUUGCAGUGAAAAAACAUGGGCGGUGGGCGCACUUUGUCACUGCAACUCUCUGUCUACAUUUGAUCCUUCUGGUGCUUGAGUUCUAUCCAGAGCCUGAAGUGUGGGAGAUGUCUCGUUCCAUUUUGUUCUUCGUCUUCAUGUUCGUCUACUUGGCUAAUGUUGUGAUUCGAUUUGUCGGUCUUGGGUGGCAUCGGUUCAGUCGAAGCUCAUGGGAUCUAUACUCCCUCGUAGUUGUACCUGGUGCAUGGAUCACGACUAUCUUGCACAUCGCUUUAUCGACACAGGCUGUUCUCGAGAUGAACAAACUGUUCCUCGUCGCCAUCGCUUUGCUUCUUAUUCCACGAAACAACCAGCUGGACCAGCUGUUCAAGACAGCCGCAGCUAGUCUGCCAGUCAUUGGCAACCUUCUUGCCACCUGGUUCGUCCUGUUUCUAGUAUUUGGCAUUGCCAUGAACCAAGCCUUUGGCCUCACGAAGUUUGGGAGCAACGAGAGCAGUAAUCUCAAUUUCCGCGACGUUCCCAAAUCCCUUAUUCUACUCUUCCGAUCCAGUUGCGGAGAGGGUUGGAACCAGGUCAUGGAGGAUUUUGCCACCAUGGAACCACCUUUCUGCACAUAUAGUUCCGACUUCCUUGAAGACGACUGCGGCAGUGCCGGCUGGGCUCGAUCUCUAUUCAUCGCGUGGAACAUCAUCAGCAUGUACAUCUUCGUAUCACUAUUCGUCUCGCUUAUCUUCGAAAGUUUCUCUUACGUCUACCAAAGAAGCAGUGGCCUAUAUGCGGUGAACCGUGAAGAGACCCGCCGCUUCAAACAUGCCUGGUCAACUUACGAUCCGGAUGGCACUGGUUUCAUCUCGAAAGAGCAAUUCCCUCGGUUGCUGGGAGAGCUCUCCGGUAUCUUCUCGAUGCGCAUUUAUGACGGCGAAUUCACUGUUGGUGCGAUUCUAGAUCAGUGUCGAAUUAAUCGCCGAGACUCGGUUGUCUCUUUCCGCUCCUCCCUACAUAUGCGCUCGCAGGAUUCCUUGAAUCCGAUGAUGCAACCCAACGGGGAGAACAUUGUCGACGAGGUCGACCUGAAAGAGCUUAACCGCAUUCUCAAUCGCAUCCCAGUCAAGACCAUUCGAGAGCGGCGGCAGCGGCUCAAUACCUUUUACGAAGAGGUCCUUGUAUCAGCAGACCCAGACCGUGGUAUCUCCUUCCAUCAAUGCCUGAUGAUCCUCGCCCAUUACAAUGUCAUCAGCGAUAGCAAGAGUCUGCGUCUGGAAGAAUUCCUCCGGCGCCGAGCACGCCUGCAACGUGUGGAGGAAGCCGUCCGCCGCAACACCGUGGUCGGUUUCUUUGACACUCUAUACUGGUCCCGUCAAUUCCGCCGUGCCAUUGACCGCAAGAAGAGCUCUCGCAUGACGGCCAUUCCUCAAUUCACGGUCCCCGAGAUCUAUGUCGAUGACCCCGUGGAUGAUUCCGAAGAUCACGAGGAGCCCGCUCCCGGCACCAUGACGCCGCAAACCCAGCCUGAUCUUGACGGGCCAUUUGCGCCAAUGCUGUCGCCUUCCUCUACCUUCCAUCGCCGCGCCGAAUCCAGCCCUACUGCCAACCGGCACGACCUGCCUCGCCUGGACACUACCAUGAGCGGUGGUCGCGCGUCGGGUACUAGCACCCCGACGGACUGGGCAAGUAUAAGUCCUUCGCGAACCCCGCGCCAUAUGUAUGGCGAACGCGGGUCGUUCGACUCUGGUGAACGCCGUGACUCUGCUACGGGUACCGAUCCUGGCCGCCAAAGCACCAUGAACGUGCAGGAUGUGAUGCACUCGCUGGAUAACUCCGUCUGGGGUGAGAGUAUCCGGCGUAGCUUCACACAGCAGCGGCGGUCUGGGGAUCAUGGAUCCGCCGAGCGAUCUAACCGGUCUACCCAAUCCACUGAGAAGGGUUCACCUUAA